AUGUACAAAUAUGUACUUCUCUACCUAUAUACAAAUUUAAAGUGGGAAAAACGUCGAGGAAGCAACAAAUCAGAUAAACAUUUAAUUACUGGUAAAGUACCUCCAAUCGCUUCUAUUGAAGAAAAAUCAAAUAAUAAUAUUAAUAAUGAUGAAAAUUUUGAAGAGAAAAGUUCUACUUGUGCAGUAGCUGAUUUUGGAAUUAAUCAACAACAACAAUCCAAACCUUUGGCACAUCCAAGAUCUUCCCUUUUACAGGUUGGCACAGCAACACCAACAACAAAUACACGAUUUAAUUACAAUACUGAUUGUUACAAUUCCUAUUGGCGCAAUGCAAAUACAGGAACGGGCUCUUUAAUAUAUUCAAAUACAAAAACACAUUCUGUAGUUGAUGCGGAUUCUGUUUGUAGUAGCAGUAUCGAUGUUUCAACAGCAACUAGCCUUGUCGGGCACCGCACACACAAACUAUCUUCCUCAUUAAUUCUUGUACCUACUCAACCUUUAUAUUACAUUAAUCCUACAAAUCCACAAAAUAUUAAUAACUUGCCAGAAAACAAUUACAAUAAUAAUAUAAUUAAUACAAUGUCCUCUCCACAGGGGGGCCCUAUGCAUCAAGGAGUUAAUUCAAUGUCUAAUUCAAUAAAUGCAGCAAUUCCUGCAAUGCCUUUUUGCUGUGAAUGUUCGGCUGCGCAAAAUCGUUGCAGCCAAAAUAGUUGUCCUUGUUUUGCAACUAGAAGAAUGUGUGAUGAACAUUGUGAAUCUGCUAGAUAUAGAGGUGAUUGUCUAAAUCAAGCAAUUUGCAAAUGUUCUUGUGAGGCAGACCCUUCAAAAUCUGCAAAAAAUAUUUGUUCAAAAUCUGAAAGGUGUGAUUGCCUUCGAAUAAAGGAAUCUUGUUCUAAGCUUUGUGUUUGUAAACAAAUAUGCAAAAAUAAAGAACCUCCAAAAAGAACAAUUAAAAUAAAUAAACCAACACAAGGUUGUCAAUGUGCUAAAGGAAAAAAACAAUGUGGCAAAAAAGAAUGUCAAUGUAGAGGAGUUUAUGAAUUUUGUUCUCCCAGUUGUAAAUGUAGCGGAGACUGUACAAACGGAGCAGCAAAAUUCCACGUCCCAAAACACGUCCAAAAUUGUUUUUUGGAGCACAAACACGAAAGCAGUGGAUUAAUUGUCACUUUGAUUGGCGACAACUACAUUUAUAGAGGAGAUUUUUAUCAUGAUUCUAAAAGUGAACCACAUGUUGAAGAACAAUUAGUUGCUGCUAUUUAUGAUUUGAUAUCUAAAUAUAAUGUCGAUUUAUAUGAAAUAAUGAUUUUUGUUUCAAAAAGUCCAUGUUUCCAUCAAGAUUGUGAACCAAAAUGUGAAGUUGUUGAUGAAUGUAAAUCUAAUAAAGCUUGUGCAAAAUUAUUGGGUUUAUUACUUUCAAAAGUUCGAAAAGAAUUAAGUAAAGUAGAUGUUCGAAUGACUGUUAAAUUUUUAUAUCCACAUUUAAAUAGAGGGGAUUUAUAUACAAAACAAGGAAUUCUUUCAAUGUUACAGGCGGGAAUUAAAGUAGAACCUUUGCUUAUGAAGGAUUGGAGUGCUGUUAUGGAUUGGGCACCUCAUCCAGAACAUAAAGGAGAAUAUUUACAGCUUUGGGGCAAUCACAAUCUGGAUCGCUAUGUUGCACAAUCCCAAGCUUUUAUAAACGAAUGUCGUCGAGCUUUGGGUCUUUCAAUGAAAUUUUGGGUUGCUGAAAUACACGAAAUUGUUAAAAACACAAUUUUACAUUAUACAGAAAUUCGUGGAAAAUGUCAUGAAUUAAAUGAUGCUUUAAAACAAUUAGAUUUAACAGCAACUCCACACAAAAUACGUUCAACGCCUAGCAAAAGACGUUCUUUUAUUGAUAUGCAUGAACUUAGAGACAAACUUUUGAUGCGUGGAGGGACAUCUACAGAGGGGGGAAAGGCAAAGAAUGGAAGUAAUAUAUCUGUUGCUAGUGAAGAUGCACAUGCCCAAGCAAUGGUUGCCAGUUUUUGUGGGCGAUCUUUUGAUGACGGAGAAACAAACGAAAUAGCCCAAAGGAUUAGAAAAGCAACGGCAAAUAUAAAUUUAGAAAUUGAAACUUUAAUGGAAUUUUUGACACAUAAAGGGGCAUCUAUUGGAUAA